AUGGGCAAACUGGUCCCCAACGCGUUCAAUCUUGCGGUCGUGAUCUUCGUCGCUUUGGGCUCAACAGCUUGCAGCUAUGGCAUGGCCAUUAUUAGUUCGACCAUCGGCCAGCCCAGCUUCUACAAAGAUUUUAAUCUCGCCCAGCAGGGCGAGCCUGGCUAUGAUAAAACUGCCAGUCUUAUCGGUGCUAUGAACGGUCUUAACUCUGCUGGGUCUGCCUUUGGCUGUGCCUUUGUCUCGUGGUCUGCAGACGCUUACGGGAGAUUGCGGUCCCUGCAACUCGGUUCACUAAUCCUUAUUCUUGGGGCCGCUUUGUGUGCCGGCUCAGUUAACAUUCCUAUGUUUUUGGUUGCGCGAUUCAUUGCUGGAUUUGGCAUUGGGAUUCUGGUCACUGCUAUCCCCAUGUACCAAGCUGAGGCGUCCGCCCCUAGCUCACGUGGUUUCAUGGUCUCCAUGCAUGGUGUUAUGUUUGCUGUCGGGUAUUCGCUGGCUUCCUGGAUUGGCUUUGGAUGCUAUUUCAUGUCGGCGGCUGGCAACAUGUCUUCUUUUGCAUGGCGAUUCCCCCUUGCCUUCCAAGCAGCUCCCGCCAUCCUGUUACUUAUUGGUUCUCCAUGGCUACCGUUCUCUCCGCGAUGGCUGCUUGACAAAGGUCGUCAGAAGGAGGCUCGUGAGAUUCUGAUACGGCUACAUCGUACGGCAGACGAUCCAAAUGAUGUUGCUGCCGAAAAAGAAUAUUUUCAAAUGCAAAAGCAGCUCGAACUUGAUCGGCAAAUCAAGCAGAAUACGGGCAAAUGGGACAUUUUCAAGACCAGUGCGAAUCGUCGCCGAGCGUUUGUCGGGUUUGCUCUCAUGUUUGGAAAUCAGUUCACGGGUGUUCUGAUCAUUGCCAAUUACGGCGUCCUGCUUUAUGCGUCACUUGGCAUGAAGACAUUUAUGCCCCUGCUUCUGUCCGCUCUCUGGGUCACGGCGUCCUUCCCUGGCAACGUUUUCACCGCCUUCUUUGUCGACCGCCUUGGCCGUCGAUUCUUCCUUCUCACUGGACUUAGCGGCAUUCUUGUCACCCUCGUUAUGGAAUGCUGGACUCAAGCGGUCUAUCUCGGAACCGACAAUGCCGGAGGCCAAAAAGCAGCCGUCUUUUUCCUCUUCCUGUUCAUCUUUUUCUGGUCCACUUUCCUCGACGCCACACAGUUCCUUUAUCUUGCCGAAAUAUUCCCUACGCACAUUCGCAGCCAGGGUAUGUCGCUAGGCAUGGCGGGAAUGUUCGCAGCGUCGAUCAUCGUGCUUGUCAGCGGACCCAUUGCCUUGGAUCAUAUUAAGUGGAAAUUCUUCUUCGUUCUUAUUUGCCCUACUGCGCUCCAUUUGGCAGGUGUAUAUUUCUUGUAUCCAGAGACGAAGCAGAGGAGCUUGGAGGAUAUCAAUGCCGCGUUCGGAGAGAAGGUCGCUGUGAACUUUUACGGCGCUACGGAGGAAGAUGAGCAGAUGUACGCUAAAGCGAUGGAGCAACGAGGACAAAGUGUUGAUGCGGAUGCGGCCGCUGUGCCGUCGGAGGACGAAAAGUCUCCAUCUCAUAUCGAGACUGCGUCAAAGGUCUGA